AUGGCGCCGUCCGUCUUUCACCAGUUCUCUCGACUACCUGCCGAGUUGAGAUUUCAAAUUUGGGAAGCGGCAUGUGUUGGACCCCUGGCUUCCCACCGCAGCCUGCAAUACGUCAACGUCCAGGAUAAGAGGGUAGCGGCAAUACCCUGCGGCUGGCCUAAAGCCCCAGAACAAAUCAUUACGACUAAAGUCAAUAGAUCCGCCUACUUGAUCGAUGGGGGUCUUUGGAGAGCGUGCAAAGAGUCGAGAGAAGUUAUCGCCAAAUAUACACAGUUUGAAGACUGGGUCAGAAUACAAAAGGGGGCCAUUUUCGACUUUAAGUACCAUGAAAAGUACAAUGCGGAGCAGUCUGAUGGAAAUGAGUCGCCUCACCCUGCAUUCAUCAAUACAUGCGAAGGCGAAGAAGAGUGUCGUAUGCUUGUCUACCCCACCAACGACAUCUUUUGCAUACAAGCGGACGAUUGGAUUGAUCUUAAAAAACAUCGAUUUCCUCCAUAUAUACACAUGUCGCUCAACCUCUACAAGAGAAAUGAUCGCGAAAAUGAUGACGACAAUCGUUAUGGCUGGCCGAUACUCCAAAGGCUCUACCUCCAGAACAUAGCACUCGAGUUUGACAACAGCUGGCUUGUAGACCUACCGGACUGCAAAUACGGCUUGGCUCAUGAGAACUCUGCGCGAGGGUUUCUAGCGAAAUUGAUAUUUGACGCAGCCUAUGAUCAUCGCCAUCUCCGCAGCGAGGGCGUGGGGAUAUGGAUCGUUGACAAAAAGGCUAAGUGGCUUAACAAUGUCGAUGAUGAUGAAGACCAUGGCUGUGUCGAUGAAGAUGAAGAUGAAGACCAUGACAAUGCCGAUAAACACCAUGACACGGUAUAUCGGGACUGUGACGGGGAGUACAUCGAGGUCCACGAAGACAAUUUCGUUGACAGGCAUCUAUGUUAUGGAGCAGGCACUAGUGCUGUCACCUUUCUCAGAGAACUUGGUUACAACACGGGGAUUAGCGAUUGUGAUUGGCAUUAUGAAUCUGAUGAUUGUGAUCCCAGCCCCGAACCUACAAAACAAGUCAGGAUGCUUGUUCGUCGGGACAACAAAGUAAAGGAAAUUACGAGGGGAUGCAAACCUAAAUGCCAUAGGGUUGGCCGGUGUAUCUGUAGCGAUGACGAGGGGGAAUGGCGGGAAGAUAAAGAUGAGGAUAAGGAUGUGAAGCUGUCGAAAAAUGAGGCUUAG